CAGGGCAUGCGACCGCUGACGGCUAAAUCAAAUGUGAUAGGCGCAAACUCCGGCGUGUAAUCAAGAAUCAUCUCGGGACGAUGCAAGAUUUGCGGGCACAUCUCCGCCAUACUCGUCCUGUUGAACGCGAAGCGUCAGUCGGCUCACUGGAUCUCGAGUUGGAGGAAGAGGAUCCUUUGACCGAGCUCGGUUGGAGAAUAUACAAGCGUGCAUCGAUUCCUAACUCUCCCCAACCCUCGUCCUCAAGCUCCUUCCAAGAUUAUCCAAAUCAACCACGUGAACCCCGCAGUACGUCGCCAAAACCCCCUGGUUUCAACAUGCCACACCCCGUCCGGUCUGAAAUCUCCUCACGACAAACCUCUCCUGAGCCGCCAGAUCCCCCGCCAGAUACCGGCCCAGCACUUAGUUCCGAGAGCUUCUCAGAACCACCGUCAUUCAAGAAGACAUCACGACACAAACAGGGACAUGGCGUCAAGAGCACCAACGGUUACGUGCAGAACCCAAGUGGUGACAUGCGCUGGCACCAAACCACAGCCUCCCUAGUUGAGUUCCUGCCCGGAAAUAUCAUCUCCAUCCGCAAGGCUAAAGAACUAGAUCUCGAGAUCGAAACUCUAACUUUGCCCGAGGACGCCACCUUAGACUUUGGGACUGGAGCCCCAGAAAAGAUAUCCGGCAAGACGACUUUCAAGUGGAAGGCCUGGGAUUACAUCAAACCACCCUAUCCGCCGCUGACCAUUACCUGCGAUGUUUGCGAGAACUCCACUGUUGGUCUGAUACUCGGAAAGCCGUUUCUUGAGGAGAGAAAACGUUGUUGGUCACGAGAGGAGGCGAGGAGUAGUUAAUACCUGUCUUUCGAACUCUAUCUCCCCGCUACCUGGGUAAUCGUGCCCGUCCCUCUCUUCAUUUCUCCAUAGCAGAGCGGAGAGAGCCCAUCCGCAAGAGCCCCAAAUAU